CCGGACCCUUUUCCCUGACACACCGCCCGCGCCUCGGCAACCGCCGCGGCUGGCCGGCUGAGGCGCAGCAUGAAGCAGGCGCUGGUGGACGACACCGAGGAUGUGUCCCUCGACUUCGGCAACGAGGAGGAGCUGGCGCUGCGGAAAGCAAAAAUCAGGCACCCACUGGCCACCUUUUUCCACCUGUUUUUCCGAGUGAGUGCUAUUAUUACCUACUUGUUCUGUGACUGGUUCAGCAACAGCUUUGUUGCCUGUUUUGUCACUAUUCUCCUCCUUCUAUCCUUUGACUUUUGGUCAGUUAAGAAUGUGACAGGAAGACUCUUGGUUGGUUUGCGUUGGUGGAACCAGAUUGAUGAAGAUGGAAAAAGUCACUGGGUGUUUGAAGCGAAAAAGGUACCUACAAUAGCUGCCUCAACUGAAGCUGAAGCUCGAAUCUUUUGGCUUGGUCUCAUUAUCUGCCCAGUUAUUUGGACAGUGUUUUUCUUUAGCAGCCUGUUUUCCUUGAAGUUGAAAUGGCUGGCUCUUGUGAUAGCUGGGAUCUCCCUUCAGACUGCUAAUUUAUAUGGCUACAUGCACUGCAAACUAGGGGGAUCAAAGGGCAUCACCAGAGUAGCUUCAAGGUUUCUUGUCACAGAUGUUCCCAAGAAACAACGGAAUUCUGUUUAACACCUUUACUGCCGAAGUGCUCAGAAGUGGGUUAUUUUCAAACUUACUUUGAAUGAUACUCCUGUAAGACAGCGUCGCUGGAGCCUGGGGUGCCUCAGACAAGAAAGACUGCCCUUUGUCACAACUUUUUCCUUGAAGGACAGGGGAAAACGUGAAAGCAAAGUAACAGAAGACAUGAACUUUUAUUUUACCUGUUAGCCUGCUACCAGCUAUACCCUUCCAAAGAGCCGCUCACAUAUACUCCUAAGUUCUAUGAAGCAGUGGGCAAGGAACCAAGCCUUUGCUCUCUCACUAUCCACAAAAGAAAUUGGGUGGUACCAGUAACACUGAAGUUCAAGCACCAGUUUUAAUGCUUAACAAGGUAUUAUUCUUCAUAGUGGUUAGGAUUCUAUUCAGACUGCAUUUCCAGGUGAUUACACUGAAAGGAAAGACGUUUUGCACUUUGAUGGUAUCUGAAAAGAUGCCUAAUUGAAUCUUACUCUUGAAAUCAAGUUUCAAUCUAAAGAAAUUAUUCUGGCACUCUCCUAUUUUCACAGCAUGCUGUGUCACUGUUCCAACAAUUUCUGAUUCAAGUAUCUAAUGUAUCUAAACAUAUGCUUAAGAGGCAAUGCCUGUAAUAUCUAAUUUAAUCAUGUUCAAGACAGGGUCUUCCAGUAAUAACAUCAGUACAGAAGGAAAAAUUUGUUUGAAAUGCAGUACAAUACAGGAACUUUACCUAUCUGAGGAUCUAGAGGCACUUUACCCAGGAAGGAAACAUUGAAGUUCUGGCACAUCUUCUCUGCACCUCCAGUAGUUGGGGGAAAGAUCUGAGAUUCAUUCUGGGACAAGAGAAAAAGCAGAGCUAAGAUACUGCACUUCUGAGAACAAAGCAGAACAGAAAACAAUGUGAAGACAACAACUGUUGUAACUGUUGCCUUACCUUACACUUUGGACAUAUGAAGCCGCUCAUGUUUUCCACAACACCUAUGAUUGGUAGUUUCACUUUGUGGCAGAAGUUGAUCUCUUUCCGCACAUCCUGAAGCGAGACUUCCUAGGAAUAUUGAAAGCACUGCCAUAUUGAAUGGAAAGUUUUGAUGCUGAACUCAAAAGUUACAUCUUGAGAGCAAUUUUAAAGGAAGCUUGUCAUGAGUUACUACCACUUUUCACAUUUUGAGGAACAUAAACCUGUGUUUUACGUGCUAUAGCAAUAGUUCUGUGAAUAGCAACAAAACACAUACAUCGGUCCCAAACUGGUUCUGUUUCAAAAUCUGACUUGACUCUAGUAUUCAGCCAAAUUUGUAUUUUAUCUCCUGUCUUCAGAUCUUUAAAUGUUAACUUUUUCACAUACAUAAAGACCCCUGGUAUUCUUAACAGAGCAGACAGGUCAAGAAUCACCAGGCUUGCAGUUAUUAUCUCUUCCCAAAUUAAAUGUGAAAUGGGUUAUCAUCUUCUCAGACUUUGCACAUGUAAUGCCUGAUCUCUCACGUUCCCUUUUCCUCCCCUCUCCACCUAUCUGGUACCACUCUCACCACUUCACUUCCUUUACAUUUAUUUUUUCAGCCAUUGUAGAAAUGCUGUGUGCCUACAUUGAUCUCCUGUUCCUUUCCAAUGAACAUAACAUACUUGGAAUUUCAGCUCUCCAGGGGUAGAUUUCGCUUCUAAAGAUGUGCAUCACAAAGCUGCCUACUGAAGGCAACAGGCUAGGUCACAGACAGCAUGCAGCAGUGUUUCUGCAAUGGUGCAACAGUGCCCCUAAACUAAACUUCUUAUUGAUUUCCAAACAUUAAGCUGUUGGCAACUUACAGAUGGACAGUGAACUCUAACCUUGAAAACAGAAAGGAAAAGUGCAUUUCCCUUUCACACACAUCAUAGUAGUUUUUGACUGUGAACUGUUUGGUGAUUUAGUGACCCACUCAGAUCCCUGUCUCCAGAUAACUCACAGGCCAGCCAGCUGCAGGCAUAGAACGAGACAGCCAACUCCUUUAGGUUCUGUACCAUCAUUUCUCUGAAGUCAAAGACUCUAAACCAAGGCCUAGCUUCAAGUGCCACGACGCUUCUAUGCCUGGAAAUUAAGUUCUCCUACCUGAGGGGUAGUGAUUAUAACAGCACCAUCUAUGUGCGCUGCACUGAGGUACUGCACGAUGGAUAAAUGUUCAUCUGAUGUUCCAGGAGGAGUGUCCACAAUCAAGUAGUCGAGUUCUCCCCAGUCCACGUCACGAAGAAAUUGUUUAAUCAGCCCUAAAAGAAAGGACGAGCAUGUGGAAGAGAAAACUAAAAUAUAUCCCUGUAUUUCAAACUUUAGUGUCUAUUUCAAUUUUUAUAGUUUAGAUAUAUGGGUUCUUCCAAGUUUUCAGCUUAAGUAUACAAAACAGUUAUUUUGGCAAGGCUCUAGAGAAAUAAAAUACUAAAAAAGCAGAGCAUUCUACCCGUUAAUGUAAUCAAAUGAAUAUAUUCAACUCAAGAAAAUAAAGAACCAUUCACUCUUUUUUUCUCC